AUGACGCCGUUUGUAUGCCGCCAGUGUUUAGCUGGUCCGCUCAAGGCCGCGACCUCAUCUGGUUUCUCCCGGAGCUUCGGCACACGAGCGGUCUCGCGAGCUUCUCUUCCUUCCUACCUCUCCCAGCAUAGACCUCCCCACUCUUCGACGUUGCGGAAUCCCACACGGCUAUUCCAACACCUUGCGCAACAACCUCAGAAGGCCGAUCCACCUGCCUCGCAGUCCGCGCAACCUGCAAAUCUCGUACAACCUCCAACAUCCCAGAAGAAUCAGGCGAACCAAGACCUUGGCGGGGAUGCGAUACACAUAUCGCAGGCGGAGCAGCGAAAACGCGACUGGAACAUCGUGAGGAAGUUGGCGGAGAACCUGUGGCCGAAAGAUGACUGGAAGACGCGUGGGCGUGUCGUGCUUGGGCUCGGAUUGCUUGUAUCAGGCAAGCUGUUGAAUGUCCAAGUACCGCUUCUGUUCAAACAAGUAAUCGAUUCGUUGAACGUGGACCUUGCGUCGACGUCAACAGUAUGGGUAGUGGCCGGUUCACUCAUUCUGGGAUAUGGAGCUGCACGUAUUGGCGCGACGCUGUUUGGCGAAUUGCUGAAUGCGACAUUCGCCAGCGUCGGCCAGCAUGCCGUCCGCAAGGUCGCGCGCGAGACAUUCGAACAUCUCCUACAUCUCGACCUCAAAUUUCACCUGGCCCGACACACGGGAGGCUUGACGCGUGCGAUAGACCGCGGUACAAAAGGGAUCACAUUUAUUCUACAAGCCGUAUUAUUCCGGAUUGUACCGACUGCUUUAGAAAUCUCUUUGGUCUGCGGCAUAUUGACGUACAACUUUGGUUGGAACUAUGCCGCGAUCACUGCCCUGACUAUGGCUGCAUAUACUUGGUUCACCGUCCGCACGACGUCCUGGAGAACACGCUUCCGGAGAGAGGCGAAUGCCGCGGAUAACAGAGCGGCCACUGUGGCAGUCGACUCUCUCAUCAAUUAUGAGGCCGUCAAACACUUCAACAACGAGUCUCACGAGAUUGGGAAGUACGACAAGCAUCUGGCCGCAUACGAGAAGGCGUCAAUCAAGAUCGCGACCUCGCUCGCGUACUUGAACUCCGGACAGAACAUCAUCUUCUCAUCUGCCCUAACUGGGAUGAUGUUCCUCGCCGCUCAAGGCGUGAUCAACGGCACAAUGACCGUCGGCGACCUCGUCAUGGUCAACCAACUUGUUUUCCAGCUCUCCCUCCCACUCAACUUCCUCGGCACCAUCUACCGUGAGAUGCGCCAGAGCCUCCUCGACAUGGAAGUCCUCUUCAACCUCACCACCCAGAACCAGCCCCCCAAGGACGCGCCCAACGCGCGCCCGCUCGACCUCCGCGGCGGCGCCAUCACAUUCGAGCACGUCAACUUUGGCUACCAUCCCGACCGCCCCAUCUUCCGCGACCUCUCGUUCACGAUCCCCGCAGGGAAGAAGGUCGCCCUCGUCGGCCCGUCCGGGUGUGGCAAGUCGACGGUGUUCCGCCUUCUUUUCAGGUUCUACGAGCCCUCGAGUGGGCGGAUCCUUGUCGAUGGACAGGAAAUCCGCGAGCUGCAGUUGAAGUCGCUAAGGAGCGCGAUCGGGGUCGUGCCCCAGGACACGCCGCUGUUCCAUUCGGAUGUGCUGCACAACAUCAGAUAUGGGCGGCUGGACGCAACAGACGAGGAGGUCGUUGAAGUGGCCAGGAAGGCACAUGUGCAUGAUGCGAUCUUGAGGCUACCAGAAAAGUACCAGACGAAAGUCGGAGAGCGGGGAUUGAUGCUUUCGGGUGGCGAGAAGCAGCGGCUAGCUGUGGCCCGAGUGCUGCUCAAGGAUCCCCCUAUUCUGUUCUUUGACGAAGCGACAUCGGCUCUGGAUGCGCAUACGGAGACGGAGCUCAUGCGCAACGUCAAUAAUCUUCUCCAGGAGAAGGCGCGCACGAGUAUCUUUAUCGCGCACCGUCUCCGUACAGUCGUCGAGGCUGACCUCAUCAUUGUGCUCAAGGACGGUCAGGUUGUCGAGCAGGGCACGCAUGAGGAGCUCAUGCGUGCUGGAGGGCUGUAUUACAGCAUGUGGCAGCAGCAGGUGUCCGACAUCUCUGCUGACUCUGCGCUUCCAGAGUUGGUCGAGACGGCCCCCGCACAGACGUGA